AUGGAAACCAAGCCAACUGAAUCUAGUGUGGUGAAUUACCCGGCGUUCUGCAAGAGCACGCAGGCUAGGAAGAAACACAAGGAGAAAGUGUUGAACGACAACCCAGACACACUAUACGUGGACUUUAUCUUUAUGCAUGGAAAACCGAUAAAAAACAACUUAGUCUUCCACACUACACGACUGUUGAUGUCUGUGGAGGCGGAGUUAAAGAAGGACCACUCUGACAUGCAGGCAGUCAUCGACUCCAAACAGAAGAUCAUUGAGGCACAGGAGAAGAGGAUAUCUAGUCUGGAUGCAGCUAACAGCAGACUGAUGACAGCGUUAACACAGCUGAAAGAGCGCUACGCCAUGACAUCACAGCGGAACGGCUUGUCGCCUAGCAACACCUCCAACCUACAGAUCACCGAAAAUGGAGAGUUCCGCAACUCAGGAAGCUGUUGA